AUGUGUAAGAUAGUCAUUGGGAUCUUCGCCCUCGCUAUCACUUUGGCCGUUGCCUCCUCGCGGCCUCAAGACAGUCACGGUCACGGUCACGCUUACUCAUCUCAGAGCAUCGUGUUGCACACACAUCACCCAGGCCACGAGGAACACCCAGUUCAUCUUGAACAUGAACAUAAGCCUGUAGUUCUUGUGCAUCAGCCUGUACAUGUUGAGAAGCAUGAAGAAAAGCAUGAUGAUCAUCAGGAACACCAUGUGGAUUAUUACGCCAUCCCUAAAUACGCUUACGAAUACAAAGUAGAGGACCCCCACACCCACGACAACAAGUACCAGCACGAGACCCGCGACCACGACGUCGUCAAGGGAGUGUACAGUCUGCACCAGCCCGACGGUACAGUCAGAAUCGUCCACUACACCGCUGACAAGCACAAUGGAUUCCAAGCUGAUGUGAAAUACGAAGGCCACGCUAAACACAUUGUACCUGAACACCAUCAUUAG